GUUGAGGCUUUUUUUGCCUUAUGUUUUUGCCAUCUUAUAUGGUCAUAAAUAGUGGUGGAAAAAACGUCAGAGCCGCGGUUCUGUGAAUAUCAAGAGGAAGUGAGUGAGUGAGUGAGUGUGUAAUAAACCUCUGAUGAGUGUGUCUCUGCUCACAUGGAGUGACACCCGCAACAUAUCUCACAAACUCAUACUGGUUGAAAGUCUGAAGACCUUCAGAUGUUUCUUGCUCAAUAAACGCAUGGCGAUGAAGAACUGGACGGCAGGUACGCAGUGCGUCGCCAAAAAGCAGCACUGCAAACCUAAAGCGGGUAAAAUCGCGUAUCACAAAGGCGACAUCUUGACAGUCGUCGGACCCGGAACGAGGAAAGGAGAAUACAGAGCCCGACAUAACACGACGGGAGAGGAAGGACUGGUGUCGGGUUCGAAUCUGAGAGAAAGGGAAGCCCUCCGUAUCGACCCCAAAUUAAGCCUCAUGCCAUGGUUUCACGGCAAAAUAUCCGGGCAGCAAGCCGUUGGCAAACUGAAGCCCGCGGAGGACGGGCUUUUCCUCGUACGGGAGUCGGUUCGGCAUCCCGGUGACUUUGUGCUGUGCGUCUGCUUUAGUCAGAAGGUUUUCCACUAUCGAGUCAUCUUUAAAGACAACAAACUGUCCAUCGAUAACAAGCAGUUCUUCUACAAUCUCAUCGACAUGAUCGAGUUUUACAGCAGAAAUCAAGGAGCCCUUGCUACACUUCUCCUGAAGCCCAAGAAGAAGGAAGGAACAAAAUCAGCUGAGACAAAGCUGUUAAAGUCCGGCUGGCUUUUGGAUCUGUCUAAGCUGACUGUAGGAGAGGCCAUCGGACAGGGAGAGUUUGGCGCUGUGUUUGAGGGUGAAUACGCAGGUCAGCGGGUCGCCAUUAAGAACAUCAAAUGUGACGUAACCGCUCAGACUUUCCUUGAAGAGACGUCAGUCAUGACAAAUCUCCAUCAUAAGAAUCUGGUGCGGUUAUUAGGAGUGAUUCUUCACAACGGGCUUCACAUCGUCACAGAGCUCAUGGCGAAGGGGAAUCUGGUGAAUUUUCUUCGCACACGAGGACGUUCUGCCGUCAGUGUGAUGCAGCUGCUGCAGUUUUCGCUAGAUGUUUGUGAAGGUAUGGAGCACCUGGAGUCAAAGAAACUCCUGCACCGAGAUCUCGCCGGACGCAACAUCCUCGUAUCCGAAGACACCGUUGCCAAAAUCAGCGAUUUCGGUCUUGCGAAAGUCAGUUCUACAGCAACCGACAACUCAAAGUUACCCAUCAAGUGGACGGCGCCAGAAGCCUUAAAGAACAAGAAAUUCUCCACUCAGUCCGACGUAUGGAGUUACGGAGUCCUCCUAUGGGAGAUCUUCUCAUUCGGCAGACAGCCGUAUCCCAAAAUGUCGGUGAGUGAGGUGCGGGAGCGUGUGGAUCAGGGUUACCGCAUGGAGUCGCCGGACGAAUGUCCUCCUGACGUCUACAGCAUCAUGAUGUCCUGCUGGGAGAUGGAUCCCAAAAAGAGACCGUCCUUCCACAAACUCAGAGAGCGACUGGAGAAAGAGCUCGGCAAACACCAGGCGGCGUGUUGAGCUCGUCUCUGCAGGUGUUCACGCUUGGGCUGUCAAACGAUUAAUCGUGAUUCAAAAUCGAUAAUCAAAAUAAAAGUUUGUGUUUAUAUAUGUGUAGUAUUGUGUAUAUAUAUUAUUUAUAUAUAAAUACACAUGCACACAUGCAUGUAUGUAUUUACAAAAAAUGUCUAUAUAAAUAUAUACACACAUAAAUAUAUGCAUAUAUGUGUGUGUGUGUUUAUAAAUACAUAAUACACACACACAUAUAUAAAGUCAAAACUUUAUUUUGGAUGUGAUUAAUCGCGAUUAAUCGUUUGACAGUCCUGUUCAUCACAUGUGUAUAAUGUAGAUUUAAUUUAUUAUUUAUCACACUUUAUGUUUGUUUUUAUUUUGGUUUUAUGGUUUUUGGGUGAAUCAUGAAAACAUGCCAAUUUCACCUCAAGAUGAAAAGUCAAAUUAAAGUUUUGCAUCAAAAUAAAGCCUGUUCUAGGAUUUUUUUUGUUUUGUUUUUAUUUUUUUAUUUUUUUGCGUAGUAUUUCCAUGCAAUUAAUAAUAAAUUUCCCCCUAUUUUUGUAUUUGUUUAAA